GUAUAUAUAAACCUCUCUGGAGCUCAGGCAUGAGCCAGCAAGGCCACCCAUCUGGACACCUCUCAGUACAGGAGAGCUUUCCAGAGGAAGCCUCACCCAGCCUCAGCACUGAGGUUCUUCUGUGCACGUUGCUGCAGCUUUGGCCCUGAGAUGCCAGCUGUCCAGCUGCUGCUUCUGGCCUGCCUGGUGUGGGAUGUGGGGGCCAGGACAGCGCAGCUCCGGAAAGCCAAUGACCGGAAUGGCCGAUGCCAGUAUACUUUCAGUGUGGCCAGUCCCAAUGAAUCCAGCUGCCCAGAGCAGGGCCAGGCCAUGUCAGUCAUCCAUAACCUACAGAGAGACAGCAGCACUCAGCGCUUAGACCUGGAGGCCACCAAAGCUCGGCUCAGCUCCCUGGAGAGCCUCAUUCACCAGCUGUCCUUGGACCAGGCUGCCAAGCCCCAGGAGACCCAGGACAGGCUGCAGAGGGAGCUGGUCACCCUGAAGCAGGAGCGGGACCAGCUGGAAACCCAAACCAGAGAGUUGGAGACUACCUAUAGCAACCUCCUCCAAGACAAGUCAGUUCUGGAGGAAGAGAAGAAGCGGCUGAGGCAAGAGAAUGAGAAUCUGGCCAGGAGGUUGGAAAGCAGCAGCCAGGAGGUAGCAAGGCUGAGAAGGGGCCAGUGUCCCCAGACUCGAGACACUGCUCGGGAUGUGCCAUUAGGCUCCAGAGAAGUUUCCACAUGGAAUUUGGAUACUUUGGCCUUCCAGGAACUGAAGUCUGAGCUAACUGAAGUUCCUGCUUCCCGAAUUUUGAAGGAGAGCCCAUCUGGCCAUCUCAGGAGUAGAGAAGGAGCCAAUGGAUGCGGAGAACUAGUGUGGGUAGGAGAGCCUCUCACGCUGAGAACAGCAGAAACAAUUACUGGCAAGUAUGGUGUGUGGAUGCGAGACCCCAAGCCCACCUACCCCUACACCCGGGAGACCACGUGGAGAAUUGACACGGUUGGCACAGAUGUCCGUCAGGUUUUUGAGUAUGACCUCAUCAGCCAGUUUAUGCAGGGCUACCCUUCUAAGGUUCAUGUACUGCCCAGGCCCCUGGAAAGCACGGGCGCUGUAGUGUAUGCAGGGAGCCUCUAUUUCCAGGGCGCUGAGUCCAGAACCGUCAUAAGAUAUGAGCUGAAUACCGAGACAGUGAAGGCUGAGAAGGAAAUCCCUGGAGCUGGCUACCAUGGACAGUUCCCGUAUUCUUGGGGUGGCUACACAGACAUUGACAUGGCUGUGGAUGAGUCAGGCCUCUGGGUCAUUUACAGCACUGAUGAGGCAAAAGGUGCCAUUGUCCUCUCCAAACUGAAUCCAGAGAAUCUGGAACUCGAACAAACCUGGGAGACCAACAUCCGUAAGCAGUCAGUUGCCAAUGCCUUCAUCAUCUGUGGCACCUUGUACACCAUCAGCAGCUACUCCUCAGCAGAUGCUACCGUCAACUUUGCUUAUGACACAGCCACAGGUAUCAGCAAGACCCUGACCAUCCCAUUCAAGAACCGCUACAAGUACAGCAGCAUGAUUGACUACAACCCCCUGGAGAAGAAGCUCUUCGCCUGGGACAACUUGAACAUGGUUACUUACGACAUCAGGCUCUCCAAGAUGUGAGAAGCCUCCAACACAUACCAGAAAACGCAGAAGGAGAUGCCAAGGGCUCCCGGGGGAGCAAGCUGAAGGGAGAGCCAGCCAGCCAGGACCCAAGCAGCUUUCUCUGCUUUCCAAGUUUUCAUUCAUCCAGAAGGAUGUGCAUGGUCACCAUCUGACUAUACAGGAAUUACAGUCUGAAGGCAUAGACAAUUUCAUACGAUAAUAAAUACUUUUUUCUGUCAGCAUUUAUGGGAAUGUUUAAUGAGACAGUUCGAGUUUUCUGGUGAUUUGAGGCAAAAGCUAAAAGGCAUAGUUUAUUCCUGAAAACCAUUGCUCUUGCAUGUUACAUGGUUACCACAAGCCACAAUAAAAAACAUAACUUCUAAAGGAAGCAGAAUAGCUCCUCUGGCCAGCAUUGAACAUAAGUAAGAUGCAUUUGCUACAAUUGGCUUUUAUGCUUCAGAUAGAACACAGUUGGGUCUCACAUUACCCCUUGCCUUGAGAAAUAAAAUUAUCUUACCCGA